GCGAGCACUAUCUCGCACAGGAAGUCAGAAGAAGUAGAUGUGUACAGCGCAGACGCGUCAGAGGGUUCAGGUCCUGUCGUUAAUUAUCUUAAAUGAGCUUUCACAUGAUGUGCAUUCUCUUGUAGUCGCGGCUAAAAGUGAAAUGCUGUCGCCUGUAUUGGAGCCACUGCAGAGUUAGCUAACAUUACUGGAGGAGAGCGCCAUGAACAUGGGAUCCAAAGGAAAAAAGAAAAUGGUUCUGCCGACUCGACCUGACCCGCCAUCAGUGGACCAGAUCAUCGAGGACAUAAACCGAGCAGACCCCAGUGAUCCUGUCUUCAGGUUUUUACAAAUCCCUAAUGAAGGAUCACACAGCAAUGAAGUGGAGGCCCGCUACACGCAAAGCCGACACUACCUUGAGCUGAACGAGAGGCUACAGGAGGCUCACACUGAACUAACACGGAAAAGAGAUGAGCUCAGUAUGGUGGGGGAAUCUUUAGAACAAAGUGUGGCAGCGGUGAAGGGCACAGCACUCUGACUGGUGAUCAUGUGCUCCUGGGGAUGCCUUACUUCUUGGUAUUGACUUACCACAUGAAAUGGCUAAUAUGGGGACUUAAUUGCCUUUGGAAGUACUUCAGUGCCUGAAUCAAUGCAGUGAUGAUAUCCUUUUGCAUGUAAAGACAUCGGGAAUUCCUCUAUGGAGCAUAAGACAUUUCCAGUAACUAUACCAGGCCCAAAGGCAGCUUUGAAAAAAUAAAAUUGAAGGGAAAAUAAAGUUGAUGUUGUGAGGAUUUUAUAUGGAUGACCCUAGUGUAGGAAAGCAGACAGGAUGCUCUUUGUCCAUAACACACUACACCAACAAAAACCUGUCAUUUCUUUUGACAUUACUGCUUCGUCAUGAUGUGUCUUAAAAUAUGUCAUUACCAUUAAAACAUGUCUAAAACAUUGCUAAA